AUGAAAUAUGUUUAUUUAGAGUUGAGAUACCUGAAAUUCAUAUAUAAAUCCCAAUAAUUAAGUUUUAAUUUCUAUUUUAAAUAUUUUCUUAAAAUAAAAGUAGAAUUCAUACCUGAUAUUUCAUAAUAUAAGAGGGAGUUACACUUUGUAAUACUAUCAGCUUUUUACUAUAUAAAAUUAAUGAGGAAUAAUAAUAAGUUUGAUAAUAUAGGAGAGAUUAUAAAAGAAGAAAGUUUCUGA